AUGGUAUGCCAGCUGCGUUUGUUUCUUGCCUUGGGGGCUUUGGCUUCUUCCGCGCUUUCGGAGAAAGUUGGCUAUUUUGAUGCGUCUGUUUGUGCCGAUACUAAGGGAUUCACUUCCUGCUACAAGGCUGCAGAUGCAGAGUACACAAGUUGUGUGAAGGAUAACUGUGCUGGUGGGAGUCAAGCGUGUUACGACUCUUGCGAUGGCAGUGUUGCCUGCAUGAACAAGCAAUGCCCCGGUCUAGGCAUUGAUUGUAUAAAUGCUUGUGGAUGCCAGCAGUCUGCACACCAAAUUGACUGUGCUGGUGCAAGCUGCUGGAACCAAGUCUAUUCCUGUGAAUACCAGAAUACCGUCGGUGACUUUUUUACUCUCUGCACCAAGCCCAAUUACGAUACUGUGCCAUUCUGGCCAGCACCCGACGAUGCCCCCGAUUCCUGUUCUUGCAACCUUGGAGAAAUUGAAAAGAAAGAGUACUUGAUUUCGCUCCAAAUGACGGAGUGCAGCAACAAUAUGACCAACCUCAACCAAAUUACGAAGACCGAUGCAAUUGUAGACUACGGGAAAGCCUGUACCUGCUGUGGAAUGAGUGCUAUAAUCUCUGCAAUUUAUGACACCUGCCCCGACACAAAGCCUUCCCUGCUUGGCGUAACCGAGUGGAAUGAUGCAGUAUUUGUACCUAAUGACUGGGCAGAGUGUGGGCCAUAUCUUGAGGCAUAUGAUUGCGCAGGCGAUUUGGGGUAUGGCCGCGCUGAUGCUGGUGCUAUUAGCAAAUAUUACCAGCCCAGCAGCAUGCCAUCUAAUGGUACUAAAACCCUAUCGAAUGGAAAUGGUGUGGUUUCCACUCCGAUUAGCGGUGAUACUUUUACUUGGCAGUUUGGCCAAUCUUCGAGAGCAUUGUAUCAUACUGUCACUGUUGCUUCGGCCAAUGCAGUGGUCACUGGAAAGGGAAAUGCCAGCGGAGGUGAGAGUUCAACAACUACGGCGACAGAGACUGGUGCCACCACAGAAAGCACACAACCCGGAGGAGGAGUGUCCUUGGGUAUUCCUCUCUGGACUAUGGCUGGCACUGCUGGUGCCUUGGUCUGGUUAGCUUUCUAA